AUGUGCAGAGCUGAGAGUCAGAUUCUGACAGGGGCACGACACUACCUCUUCCACUACCAGUUCAGUGAUCGUUACGGCCGAACUGGGCCAAACCGGUUGAAUGCCACCGCUUGGGUCCCUCCAUGCUCUCUGUGUCUCCCGCAGUCGUCCUCCCUGAUUUCGAGUGCCACCGCGGCCGCUUUGCUGAGCUCCGGAGCAGUGGACUAUUGCCUUCACGUCCUGAAGUCCCUGCUGGACUACUGGAAGAGCCAGCAGAAUGACGAGGAGCCCGUGCCCACCAGCCAGCUCCUGAAGCCCCACACCACCUCCUCUCCGCCGGACAUGAGCCCGUUCUUUCUGCGGCAGUACGUCAAGGGUCACGCGGCCGACGUCUUCGAGGCCUACACUCAACUUCUGACAGAGAUGGUCCUGCGGCUGCCCUAUCAGAUCAAGAAGAUCGCUGACACCAACUCCCGCAUCCCGCCCCCUGUCUUCGAUCAUUCGUGGUUCUACUUCUUGUCUGAGUACCUGAUGAUCCAGCAGACCCCCUACGUGCGGCGUCAGGUGCGCAAGCUGCUCCUCUUCAUCUGCGGCUCCAAGGAGAAGUACCGCCAGCUGCGGGACCUGCACACCCUCGAUUCCCACGUCCGGGGGAUCAAGAAGCUGCUGGAGGAGCAAGGCAUUUUCCUGAGGGCCAGCGUGGUCACUGCCAGCUCCGGCUCCGCCCUGCAGUACGACACCCUCAUCAGUUUGAUGGAGCACCUGAAGGCCUGCGCCGAAAUUGCCACGCAGCGCACGGUCAACUGGCAGAAAUUCUGCAUCAAAGACGACUGUAAGAACUCCAACAAGUCCCAGCAAGAGCUGCUGCUGGACCUGAUGUGGUCCAUCUGGCCAGAGCUGCCGGCCUACGGGCGGAAGGCUGCCCAGUUUGUGGAUCUCCUGGGCUACUUCUCCCUGAAAACCCAGCAGACGGAGAAAAAGUUCAAGGAAUACUCCCAGAAGGCAGUGGAGAUUCUCCGGAUGCAGAACCACAUCCUCACCAAUCACCCCAACUCCAACAUCUACAACACACUCUCUGGCCUGGUGGAGUUUGAUGGCUACUAUUUAGAGAGCGACCCCUGCCUCGUUUGCAACAACCCCGAAGUGCCUUUCUGCUACAUCAAGCUCUCCUCCAUCAAGGUGGACACCCGCUACACCACCACCCAGCAGGUGGUCAAGCUGAUCGGCAGCCACACCAUCAGCAAAGUGACGGUCAAGAUCGGAGACCUGAAGCGCACCAAGAUGGUCCGGACCAUCAACCUCUACUACAACAACCGGACCGUGCAGGCCAUCGUGGAGCUGAAGAACAAGCCGGCCCGCUGGCACAAAGCCAAGAAGGUCCAGCUGACCCCCGGCCAGACGGAGGUGAAGAUCGACCUUCCGCUGCCCAUUGUGGCGUCCAACCUGAUGAUCGAGUUUGCCGACUUCUACGAGAACUACCAGGCCUCCACGGAAACCUUGCAGUGCCCCCGAUGCAGCGCCUCGGUCCCCGCCAACCCCGGAGUCUGCGGAAACUGCGGGGAGAACGUCUACCAGUGCCACAAGUGCCGGUCGAUCAACUACGACGAGAAGGACCCCUUCCUCUGCAACGCCUGCGGCUUCUGCAAGUACGCCCGCUUUGAUUUCAUGCUGUUCGCCAAGCCGUGCUGCGCUGUGGACCCCAUCGAGAACGAAGAGGACCGGAAAAAGGCUGUGACCAACAUCAACACCCUCCUGGACAAGGCUGACCGGGUCUACCACCAGCUGAUGGGCCACCGACCCCAGUUGGAGAAUCUGCUCUGCAAAGUGAACGAGGCAGCGCCCGAAAAGCCACAGGAUGACUCCGGGGGCAGCGGAGGCCUCAGCUCCACCUCAGCCAGCGUGAACAGGUACAUCCUCCAGCUGGCACAAGAGUAUUGUGGUGACUGCAAGAACUCCUUUGACGAGCUCUCCAAGAUCAUCCAGAAAGUGUUCGCCUCCCGGAAGGAGCUCCUGGAGUACGACCUCCAGCAGAGAGAAGCCGCCAGCAAGUCCUCCCGCUCAGCCGUCCAGCCCACCUUCACCGCCAGCCAGUACCGUGCCCUCUCAGUCUUGGGUUGCGGUCACACCUCCUCCACCAAAUGCUACGGCUGCGCCUCGGCCGUCACCGAGCACUGCAUCACGCUGCUCCGGGCUUUGGCCAGCAAUGCCGCCAUCCGCCACAUCCUGGUCUCCCAGGGCCUCAUCCGGGAGCUCUUCGACUACAACCUGCGCCGAGGGGCUGCCAGCAUGCGGGAGGACGUCCGCCAGCUCAUGUGCCUCCUCACCAGAGACAACCCAGAAGCUACCCAGCAGAUGAACGAUCUCAUCAUCAGCAAAGUGUCCGCAGCUCUGAAGGGCCACUGGGCCAAUCCUGACCUGGCCAGCAGCCUUCAGUACGAGAUGCUGCUGCUGACGGACUCCAUCUCCAAGGAGGACAGCUGCUGGGAAUUGCGCCUCCGCUGUGCCCUCAGCCUCUUCCUCAUGGCCGUGAACAUCAAGACACCGGUGGUUGUGGAAAACAUCACCCUGAUGUGCCUACGGAUCCUUCAGAAGCUGAUCAAGCCCCCGGCACCCACCAGCAAGAAGAACAAGGACAUGCCAGUGGACUCCCUGACCACGGUCAAGCCCUACAGCAACGAGAUCCACGCCCAGGCCCAGCUGUGGCUCAAAAGGGAUCCAAAGGCCGCCUACGAGGUGUGGAAGAAGUGCCUCCCGGCCAGAGGCCUCGACGCCAACGGGAAAUCUCCCAGCCGGACGGAGCUCCGCCACCUCUACCUGACGGAGAAGUACGCCUGGAAGUGGAAGCAGUUCAUGAGCAAGCGGGGGAAGAGGACCUGCCCCCUGGACCUCAAGCUGGGACACAACAAUUGGCUGCGGCAGGUCUUGUUCACCCCAGCAACCCAAGCAGCCCGGCAGGCGGCUUGCACCAUCGUGGAAGCCCUGGCUACCAUCCCCAGCCGCAAGCAGCAAGUCCUUGACCUGCUGACCAGCUACCUGGACGAGCUGAGCGUGGCGGGAGAGUGUGCCGCAGAGUACCUGGCCCUCUACCAGAAGCUCAUCAAGCCAGCCCGCUGGAAGGUCUACCUAGCAGCCAGGGGCGUCCUGCCUUACAUCGGCAACCUGAUCACCAAGGAAAUCGCCCGUCUCCUGGCCCUGGAGGAAGCCACGCUCAGUACCGACCUGCAGCAGGGCUACGCUCUCAAGAGCAUCACCGGCCUCCUGUCCUCCUUUGUGGAAGUUGAGUCCAUCAAGCGCCACUUCAAGAGCCGGCUGGUGGGGACGGUGCUGAACGGCUACCUCUGCUUGCGGAAACUGGUGGUGCAGCGCACCAAGCUGAUCGACGAGACCCAGGACAUGUUGCUGGAGAUGCUGGAAGACAUGACCACAGGCACGGAGUCGGAGACCAAGGCUUUCAUGGCCGUCUGCAUCGAAACCGCCAAGCGCUACAGCCUGGACGACUACCGGACGCCCGUCUUCAUCUUCGAGAGGCUCUGCAGCAUCAUCUACCCGGAGGAGAACGAAGUGACGGAGUUCUUUGUCACGCUGGAGAAGGACCCUCAGCAAGAGGAUUUCCUGCAGGGCCGGAUGCCCGGGAACCCCUACAGCAGCAACGAGCCAGGCAUCGGCCCGCUGAUGAGGGACAUCAAGAACAAGAUCUGCCAGGACUGCGACUUGGUGGCUCUGCUGGAAGACGACAGCGGGAUGGAGCUUCUGGUGAACAACAAGAUCAUCAGCUUGGAUCUCCCGGUGGCCGAAGUGUACAAGAAAGUCUGGUGCCCGACAAACGAGGGCGAGCCCAUGAGGAUAAUUUACCGCAUGCGAGGCCUGCUGGGGGAUGCCACGGAAGAAUUCAUAGAAUCGCUGGAUUCCACUACAGAUGAAGAGGAGGAUGAGGAAGAGGUGUACAAGAUGGCGGGAGUCAUGGCGCAGUGCGGCGGUCUGGGCUGCAUGCUGAACCGCUUGACCGGGAUCAAAGACUUUAAACAAGGCCGUCAUCUGCUGACGGUCCUGCUGAAGCUCUUCAGCUACUGUGUCAAAGUGAAGGUCAACCGCCAGCAGCUGGUGAAGCUGGAGAUGAACACGCUCAACGUCAUGCUGGGGACGCUGAACUUGGCUUUGGUGGCUGAGCAGGAAAGCAAGGACAGCGGGGGAGCGGCGGUGGCAGAACAGGUCCUCAGCAUCAUGGAGAUUAUCCUGGACGAGUCCAACGCGGAGCCACUGAAUGAGGACAAGGGCAACCUGAUCCUGACAGGCGACAAGGACCAGCUGGUGAUGCUGCUGGAUCAGAUCAACAGCACGUUUGUCCGCUCCAACCCCAGCGUGCUCCAGGGCCUCCUGCGUAUCAUCCCUUACCUGUCCUUCGGGGAAACGGAGAAGAUGGAGAUCCUGGUGGACCGCUUCAAGCCCUACUGCACCUUCGACAAGUACGGAGAAGGAUGGCGCCCGGGGCCGUUCUCGGUCUUCUUCUAA